AUGGAAAUUAAAGAAAUAUUGUACAAGCAAGAGUUGUACAUAGCGAAACUAUUAGAAAAUAUGAAUAUAAACUAUGUAAACUAUCUUGCCAGCAAAGUUUCAUCGAAUUUAUUAAUAUCUGGCACUAAAACAUCACACUGUAAUGAAGUUGAAAAAAGUAUAGUGCCAAAGUUACUUGAAAAGUCAAGCGAUUUAAUUAUUGACGUAAAUAAUCAAAAUUUCAACCCUGGAAACCUGUGGUCAGAUGCCGAGAAAACACCAGCCGAAAAGAACCUUAUAAAAAAGACCGUUUUCUUGAUGAGCAACGUAAAAAGAUGUCACAGAAAUGAUGUCAUAGAUUUUCUUAAAACAAGUGGUAUAAACGUCAUCUCUUGUUUUCCGGUGAUAAAACGUUCUAAUCAGGAAAUAAGCGAUCCAGUAAACAAGGAUGAGGAAGAAUCAACGAUGUUUCGUGUAUGUGUCGAAAGUUGCGAUGGACCGAAGAUGAAGGACCCGGAAAUUAUGUUAAAACACAUCAUUGUACGCGAAUGGCGUUUCGGGAAAAACACCGACAAAAACUCCGAUACAACGAACAAACAUGGCUGA